AUGGCAGAGACAGCUUCCAACCCUGACAUUCCCUCAGCCGACGCUGCCAAAGCUGAGCAGCAUCAGCGUGCACGCGACGCGGGAUGGACUGAGACAAGCGCCUUCGACUAUGAAGCCUUCCAGCGCAACGGUGGAGACGAUGGCACCUUCUACGGCGAAGGCAAAGUCUACGAGUGGUCGGGCGAGUAUGGCGAAGUCGGACCAGAAGUCCCGGAACUCGAGAAAGUCCUCUUCGGCUCAGACCUCAUCACACGUGAAGGUGUUCACCGUGCCAACAUCGAGAUUCAAGUGGCUCUGGAGGGGCCAACCAAAGUAGCCAAGAUUGAUUCCUUCGACGAUGCCGGACUCCACCCCAUCAUGCUCGACAAUGUCAAGCGCUGCGGCUACAAGACCCCGACCCCGAUCCAAGCCUACACGAUCCCCGCCGUCCAGAUGGGCCACGAUGUGGUUGGCAUCGCGCAGACUGGCUCCGGCAAGACUGCUGCCUACAUGAUUCCCGUCAUCUCGAAGCUCAUGGGCAAGGCCAAGAAGCUGUGUGGACCAAAGCCGGAUGUCACCACCGGUCUGUACGACCACCGCAUGAACCACGUUCGCGCCGAGCCACUCGUCGUCAUCGUCGUCCCUACCCGCGAGCUCGCCAUCCAGAUCUUCGACGAAGCACGCCGCAUGUGCUACCGCUCGAUGCUUCGCCCAUGCGUUGCUUACGGUGGACUGCCGAUGAAUAUUUGCAUCGAGGAGUUGGGCAAGGGCUGUGACGUCCUCAUUGGCACACCAGGUCGUCUGUGCGAUCUUAUGGACAAGCCUGACAUUCUCACCAUGGCACGCGUCAAGUUCACCAUCGUCGACGAGGCCGACGAGAUGGUCGACCAGGAUUGGGAAGAUGAACUCAACAAGAUCAUGGGUGGUGGUGACACCAACGAAGACGCUGACCACAUCUACAUGCUGUUCUCCGCCACCUUCCCCAAGGGUGCCCGCGAGCUGGCUCGCAGCUACAUGGCUCAGGAUUACCUGCGCAUCCGUGUUGGCCGUCCAGGCCAGUCUCACAAGAACAUUCGCCAGAAUGUCGUCUAUGUCGACCAGGACAACAAGCGCGAGGCUCUUUACGACCUCCUCUUCGCCUCAGAGCCGGCUCGUACCCUCAUCUUCUGCAACUCAAAGCCCGCUGUCGACUUGCUCGAUGACUUCCUGUACAACCGCGGUCUUCCCACCACCUCCAUCCACGGUGACCGCAACCAGCGCGAGCGUGAGGACGCCAUUCGCGCCUUCCGCACCGGUCGUGCUCCUAUCCUCAUCGCCACCGGCAUCUCUUCUCGUGGUUGGGACGUCAAGGAUGUCAAGCAUGUCAUCAACUACGACCUUCCCAGCCAGAUGUAUGGCGGCAUCACUGAGUACGUCCACCGCAUCGGUCGCACCGCCCGCAUCGGCAACCAGGGCUUGGCCACCUCUUUCUACAACGACCGCAAUGAGGAUCUUGCACAGGAUCUCGUCAACAUUCUGGUCGAGUGUGACUGCGAAGUCCCCGAUUUCCUCCAGCACCUCGUUCCUGAGGGUGGUGUCGAUGAGAUCCAGUGGGACGACAACUCCGACGACGAGGCUGAGGCUGGCGAUGGCGGCGAUGGCGCUUGGGGUGAUGCCGCUCCUGACACCGAUGGCGGCGCUCCUGUCGCUGACGGCUUUGGCGGGGCCGAUGGUGGCUUCCAGGCUGCCGAUGAUGGCUUCAAGACCGAUGGUGGCGAUGCCGGCGCUUCUGCUUGGUAG